AAUCCAUAGAGGUUUAUUUUGGGUUUAUCCUCUUGAGAGAUAGCACUUUGAGCUGAAAUGGCGAUGGCUCUUCUUCAGUACGGCUGCUCACUUCCCCUCGCACGGGCCUUACGGUCUCGCACUUUUACAGUCGCCUCCAGUAGCAUCAGAGUACCCUCACUCAAGAAGGCUUCUCAAAUGGAUUCGCACGUCCUCCUUGGCUUGUCGGACGAACAACUUCAGCAAAUAGCGCUCGACUUUGGUCAGAAAAGUUUUAGAGGUAAACAACUGUAUCAUCUCAUCUACAAGAGAAAGGUCAAGGAAAUUCAGGAAUUUAGUCAGCUGCCGCUGGCAUUCAGAUCCGAUUUAGAAGAAGCAGGAUGGAGGGUUGGAAGGUCCCCAAUUCAUAAAGCAGUCACCGCAGCUGAUGGGACCAUCAAGUUGUUAAUAAAACUCGAGGACAACCGAUUGGUCGAGACUGUUGGAAUUCCAGUUAAAGACAAAGAUGGUUCAUCUCGCUUGACAGCAUGUGUUUCAUCUCAGGUGGGCUGCCCAUUGCGCUGUUCGUUCUGUGCCACUGGCAAAGGAGGAUUCUCAAGGAACCUUAAGAGCCAUGAAAUUGUUGAUCAGGUCUUGGCAAUAGAAGAGCUAUUCAAGCAGAGAGUGACAAACGUUGUCUUUAUGGGUAUGGGGGAGCCAAUGUUGAACAUGAAAGAAGUCCUUGAAGCACAUCGUUGCCUGAAUAAGGAUAUUUUGAUUGGGCAAAGGAUGAUUACGAUUUCAACUGUUGGAGUUCCAAACACCAUAAAGAAGCUCGCAUCUUACAAACUUCAGUCAACAUUGGCUCUCAGCUUACAUGCUCCAAAUCAGAAUCUUCGGGAAAAGAUUGUACCAAGUGCAAAGUCCUACCCUUUGAAUGCAAUUAUGAAGGAUUGCAGGGACUACUUCCUGGAAACUAGAAGACGGGUUUCCUUUGAAUAUACACUUUUAGCCGGAGUGAAUGAUUCGGUCGAGCAUGCAAUUGAACUGGCAGAAUUGCUUCAUGAAUGGGGUCGUGGUCAUCAUGUGAACUUAAUACCAUUUAAUCCAAUAGAGGGCUCGGAGUAUAAGCGUCCAUCCAAAAGAUCAGUUCUUGCUUUUGUCUCUGCUCUUGAAUCUCGUAAAGUAACUGCUAGUGUACGUCAAACACGGGGACUUGAUGCAAGUGCUGCUUGUGGACAGUUGAGAAAUGAGUUUCAGAAGAGUCCUUUGCUUACUGGAAAUGCAAUUGAGGAAUCUCAUUCUGUAGUUGCACUUGCAUCUUGAUAUCAUAAAAGUUUUGCAAGCUUGAAGCUACUCCAUUUGUUAUGUGCUAAACCAUAUCAGCAGUGCUUGACAGCUUCUCAAGAACAGGUCUUUGGUACAAGCUGCUGCGUUAAGAUGAAAGGAACCGUCGCUCUUGAUGUUGUUGAUGUUGGUGAAAUUAUAGGAAUUGUAUUUGUAGGUGGAUGACCCAACAAUUUGUUGAGCUUGUGCGCAUGGAUGUGAUCCUUAGCCUCGAGUGCUCCUCCGUGGUUCAGCUAUGCAAAUACUCGAAUAUUUAAGAGAUUAAAAAAGUAGUUUUGGAUAUGAUAAAGAAGAUGCUCUAGUAGUAGUUGAGGGAAACUGUUAUUUCUUAUACAAGAAGUUGAUGCAUAAUGUACUCAGGUGCCAAAUUAUGUGCUUGUACACGAUAUUUUGUUGUAAAUAUCUCUGACGUAUACUUGAAUCAA